AGCCUAUUUUGGUUUUGUUUAAUAUUAAUAUUUUGUUUGUUUUGUGAAAUUGAGAGGUUACGUCACGCUUUGUACUGUAGUGUACGUACACCCUGAGCUGAAAUUAUAAGUCAAAAACACAGAAUUUUCCAAAAUAUGGAUUGUGCUUCUAUAUAAAGGUCACAAGAUUACCUAUUGAGUAGGAGUUCUCAGUGCUACAUCUUUCAUUGAUUAGGCCUAAAACAGAUGCUGCAUAUAUAUGUUUGCUAGAAUACCAGAAAGUGGAGAACCCAUAGCCAAUCCUUCUAAUUGUUUGAAAAUUUUUUGAAACCACACUAACUAUACUGUGAUCAUGGCAUUAAUGUCCGAAACAUGUCGAGAUGGUAAAAAGGAAUAAAACAUCAGAUUAUAUUGAUUUAAGAGUUAAUAUAAAACAAUAGAAGAAUAAAGAAAGACACAAAAAAAAGUUAACCCUCAAGUAUAUUGAUAAAUUCUAAUAUGCAUAGCAAAAUUUGAAAACGAGAAGAUUCAAUGUUGAAUGAGUGAUACGUACGUAGCCUAUCAUUUAACUGCUGUACAUUUAACAAGUCCUAAAAACAAAUUUACUACUUACAUUGAUACAAUCCUCUAUGAUUUUUUGAGAUUUCUAACAAUAUACUGUUUAUAUGAUAAGAUUCACCGUGAUAAAAUUGAAAAGUAGAAAAUGUUGACUAGCUACAAACAUUUUUCUCACAAGUGUCCAAUAUGUGGACAAAGCUGUUCAACUCGCUCCGCAAUGAAGGUCCAUAUAAUGUAUCACACUGGAGAGCGUCCCUUUAAAUGUUUGACGUGUGAGAAAACAUUUUUCCAACUAAACAAAGUUAAGAGUCAUUUGUUAAUACACUUUAAAAAGUGUACUAAAUUCUUCAAAUUUCAAAGCCAAAUAAAGGAGCGUACAAAAAUUCAAACGAGGGAGAGACCUUAUAAGUGCACUAUGUGUGAAAAAUCCUUUGCAAGAAAACAAGAUAUAAAGAGACAUUUAUUGGUUCAUACAGUGGAGGGACCUUAUAACUGCACUACAUGUGGAAAAUCCUUUGCAUCACUAGGCAAUAUGAAGACACAUACAUUGGUUCAUACAGGAGAGAGAUCUUACAUGUGUGCUACAUGUGGAAAAUCCUUUACACGAAUAGGCAGCAUGAAGACACAUUCAUUGGUUCAUACAGGAGAGAGACCUUACAUGUGUGCUACAUGUGGAAAAUCCUUUACAUCAAUAGGCAAUAUGAAGACACAUACAUUGGUUCAUACAGGAGAGAGAUCUUACAAGUGUGCUACAUGUGUGAAAUCCUUUAAAACAAUAGGCGGUAUGAAGAAACAUACUUUGGUUCAUACAGAAGAGAGACCUUACGAGUGUGCUACAUGUGGAAAAUCAUUUACACAAAAAAGCAGUAUGAAGACACAUACAUUGGUUCAUACAGGGGAGAGGCCCUAUAAGUGUGCUACAUGUGGAAAAUCAUUUACACAAAUAAGCAGUAUGAAGACACAUACAUUGGUUCAUACAGGGGAGCGCCGUCAUAAGUGCACUACAUGUGAAACAUCAUUUACUUUCAUAAGUGCCCUGAAGAAACAUAUUGCAACUGUUCAUACAGGAGAGAGGCCCUUUAAGUGUGCUACAUGUGGAAAAUCCUUUGCAACAAAAAGUAAUAUGAAGAAACAUACAUUGGUCCACAGUAGAGAUACCUCAAAAGUGUACCACAUGUAAAAAAUGUUACGCAUUCAUAAGCUGUAUAAAUAAGGAUAUUAAAGGUUCAUCUGGAAAUACGAUAUGAACUAAACUAAACAUGAAUUUAUCAAAGGUGCAUGAGUGAAAAUGUGUUGAAAUUGGUUUGUAAGUACAAUAAAAUCAAAAAAUUUAAGAAGAAAAUUAACAGUUUGUUUAAACACAACUGGUUUAGCUUAGCUUUUUGUAGGUAGCAGAGAAUUUUUGCACACUGCUCUUUUUUAAAAUUUAGUACUCAAACAAUAUUGUUUGUAUUCAAUUGUGUGUUAUGUUGUUACAACCCAUUUUAAGCACUUUUCCAUCUGGCACUUCCAACGUAAAUGUCCAACCAAAAACCAAAAGGUUUUUAUGCAUAUCAUUUGUUAAUCAUUUUGGUACUUUGAAAAAAUAUAUUUUUUAGUUCGUUACCGGAACGAUCUUGAAACACCCCUCCAUCCUCCUUAUUACGAUGUGUAACGCUAAGCCAAACCAUGCUCCCACCCAUGAGCGUAACGUAUAAUAUAACAAUUUUAGUGACUGUAAAUAAAUGUGUUUUAUUUAUCAUAGAUUGUGUGUCUUAUGUGUUUUUGGCAAUGUCCUAUUUAAUGAUUAGUUAUCUUCUCUAUUUAAGAUCGAAUCAUCUUUAUGUCCCUUUCAUCAAUUUAUUACGUUAUUUCCAAUUGUGUUAAAAAGCUGUAAAUUGUGAACUAGCCUCUAAGUCGCUAGGCAAUAGUCAUAUCUUCAUUAAUAUAGACAAAAAUAAGCAAAAUAAUAAAUACUUAUUAAAUAACCUUCCUGACAAGAAUGGGGUGGUACAGGGAAAAGCUUUAUUAGCUAUAAUAAUAAUUAUAUUAAUAAAUAAUUAUAAAAUUAUUAUUGAAUUUUCACCAAAAUAUUUCCUUUAAAUUGUGAAAUACAUUCAUCCAUAUAAAAAUCCCAAAGUACCCAUCCAUGAACUUGUGAGAAAACUAAAAGUCACACCCCCAUAAUCUAGACUUAAAAUGUUCGUCAUAACGAGAAGCCUUGUUCAAAACUCUCCAUAAUUUCAUAAAUUGUCCUUUAAGGUCGUAAUUCCUUUCUAAAGAGAACUGUCCAUGUACCUUAUGUUUAAAAUACCUCACCUGUACUUAUUUGUUUGUUAUUGUUUCAAUUUAUUACC